AAUAGCUAAAAUUUGUCUGCUGAUAACUCCUUUCGGGCGUUCCGCCCGCUAAUCUAUAGAUCGCUGCAGCACCAGCGCCAGCAACAACGACGCGAACGGUUUUUAUUCAUCUUUCGGGUUUUUCGGUUUAAAACUGGCCGCGUCUGAGUAAUGUUUACCAUCGCGAAUAUAGCCCGACAAUGUCGCAUCUGCCUGCGGCAACUGCGCGAGCUCAAGGACCACUGCUCCGACCACAGUUUGGACAAUCUCCACUCGCGUUCGGUGCACAUGCUAAAGAAGUUUUUCGGCAUCGAUGUGCUGGAGCAGCCUCAAGGCUUUCCCAAGCAGAUAUGCGCCCUCUGCUACAACGCCAUUGAGUAUUUCGAAGAACUGUGCAAGGUCGCGCAAGAAUCGAAUGAAAAGCUGACUCCACUCUUCGAAGCGCAGGCCAAAAAUUCCGUCGCAGCAGGAGCCGGGGGGGAGGCACAGCCGCCGCACCUAGAAACACAGCUGCUGCUGCCCAGCGAUGUUUCGAUAAAAGACGAGCCCCGAGACAGCGAGGAGGAGGAGGAGCUUGAGCUGACUCAGCAAGAGUCGGCAGAUGCAGCCGAACAGGCAACCGACACCGCCUCGAUUUCAGUAUCGUCCAGCAAGAGAGGAGGGGGGUCCCUGGCUUGCGACCAGUGCGGAAAGCAGGUCUACAAGCUGCCCUACCUGGAGGCCCACAUCCGCAGCGUGCACCAAGGUCAUGCCAAGCCAUUCCUCUGCCGCAACUGUGACAAGUCCUUCACGCGCUAUGAGCAGCUCCGUUCGCACAUGCGCAACUCCCAUCCGUCGUCCCAGGGGAGCGGCGGAGGCAGCGGCAGCGGGUCUGCCCAGCAGCAGCUGGAGGAGGCGCAGCAUCUGAUCUGCGAGCACUGCAACCGCCAGUAUAGCACCAAGAAUGCACUGGGCGAGCACUUGAAGCGGCACGCCCAGCGCAAGGAGCACGUCUGCGAGCACUGUGGCGUGGCCAAGGUGACGCGGACGGAGCUGCUCACCCAUCUGCGCAUACACAACCCCAGUUGGGAGAAAUUCAAGUGCCAGCAGUGUCCGCAGCUGUUCCGCCACAAGAGCGCUAUCAGUCGUCAUGUGCGGGUGGUGCAUGAGGGCCAGCGGCGCUUCCAGUGCGUCCAUUGCGAGAAACGUUUUGGGACGCAUGCCUCCCAGGUAAGGCACGAGCGCCUGCACGCCAGCGACCAGCAGCAACGACCCUCCCGUUGCGAUGUGUGUUCCAAGUGCUUUUCCGACGGGGAGCGGCUUGCCUCCCACAUGCGCAGCCAUGACAAAACCCUUUGGCCCUACGCCUGUGCGCAAUGCAACAAGCCGUGCAUCACGCGCCAGACCCUGGAAAUCCACCAGCAACGUCACAGCGGCCACAGGGAGCAGGAGCUGACCUGCGGGGGUCGUGGUAGUGAUGGUCGGGCCCGCGAAGCCAUCUGAAAGAACAUAUUUUGUUGUAUUUUAGCGUGUACCUGAUAUAAGAACAAAUAAAGUGUUUAACGUUUGAAA